ACACCAUUUUCAUGUCCUAUAAGUUCGAGAACUAAAUCAAGUGUGCAUGCAUAAGAUAAACAAAAAUACAUACACACACAUGCAGAACCAAGUGGAUUCUUUAGGUAAGUUCAAGCCAUUUUUUGCUGUAAUUUUCCUGCAAGUUAGUUUUGCAGGGAACGAUGUCUUAUCCAAGGCUGCAUUGAACCAAGGCAUGAACAAUUACGCAGUCGUCGUCUACCGUCACGCCAUCGCCACCCUCCUUAUGGCUCCUUUCGCAGCCAUUCUCGAAAAGAAAGUGAGGCCUAAGAUGACAAUGUCAAUCUUAAUCAAAAUAAUGGUGCUUGGCUUAUUGGAGGCAGUCCUUGAACAAAACUUGUAUUAUGUGGGGAUGAAGUACACAACUGCAACGUUUGUAGCUGCUAUGUAUAACAUUAUUCCGGCCAUCACCUUCUUAAUGGCUUGGAUUUUAAGGCUUGAGAAGGUGAACUUGAGAUCAAUCCGCAGCCAUGCUAAGAUUAUCGGUACACUCGCGACCGUUGCAGGAGCCAUGGUGAUGGUACUGAUGAAAGGACCGGUGCUCGAGUUGUUUUCAACCAAAGCGCGUAUUAAUAGCCACGAAAACGAUACGGAUUUCCAUGACACAAUCAAAGGGGGUCUGAUGAUCACCGCCGGUUGCUUCAGCUUCGUUUGUUUCGUGAUUAUGCAAGCCAUCACGUUGAAAACAUAUCCGGCCGAGCUUUCUCUGACGGUUUGGAUAUGUCUGAUGGGAACACUUGAAGGCACCGUAGCCGCUUUGAUAAUGGAAAAGGGAAAUGCUGCCAUUUGGGCUCUUAAAUGGGACACCAAGUUACUUACAGUUGCAUACACUGGAAUUGUAAGUUCAGGACUUGCUUAUUACAUUCAAGGUGUGGUAAUAAACGACAGAGGACCGGUUUUCCUUACAGCUUUUGGUCCACUAUGUCUGGUGAUUGUAGCCAUAAUGUCAUCUUUAAUUCUGGCAGAAAAAUUGUUUCUUGGAAGGGUGAUUGGUGCUAUUAUCAUAAUUGUGGGACUAUAUUUUGUGCUAUGGGGUAAAAGCAAGGAAUACAAGUCUCAGCAGCCAUUAGUGGAGCAGCAAACAGAGGCAGCUAAAUUAGAUAAUGCUACUAACAAUGAAAAUGACACUUUUGAUCAUCAGGCCAUCAUAAUUGAUAAGACUCUGCAACAAGAGAAAAGGGAUCCAUUUGUGGUUUAGAUUUUUCAGGAAAUUGUAAAUUACAACUUGUUAAUAUA